GAUUUUGUCAAAAUCUGUCAAAAUAUUAUUGGUUUGAUCGUCAACAUGUGCGCUUUUGUUUUUUUUUGACGGAAUGUUUUUGUUUUUCAGACUGAAUGUUUGUCAUUGAUGUGAUUAGCGGCGGCUUUUUGGUAACCUCUAGCUGCACACAAGCGAUCAGCAACAUGUCUUCGCCAGAUGAGGAAAGUUCGUCAGACAUAUCUACAGAAGAACUGGAUGCUGAGGAAGGCAGCAUCGGCAGUUCGGACCUGCAAUCAGAAAAGGAAGAAUCUACAACCCCAUCAAAGAUUCAUAUGGCUGACAAAGACUUCCAACAGAUGUCAUUUGAAGAUUUACUCCAAUUGAAGCGUCGCCUCGGUUCAAAAGUGUACAAUGAAGCAGUUUUUGGAAAAACUCAAACGGAUAAUAAAACUACUGAUUUGGAGAAGAUUAAGCAGCAAAACAAGAAAAAAUGUAUAAUAAAAAACGAAAGUGAUUCCGAUGGACCGCCAGAAGAGCUGACUGCUAAACGGAAAGUGCCCGCCCUUGGAGUUGCGAAAAACAGUCGAAAAGUGGCACAAUCCCGCUUUAGAGAUCCCCGAUUCGACGCUAAGCAGGGCUAUUUUAGUGGCACAAAAUUUCGUGCACAAUACGGAUUCAUAAAUGAUAUGCGGAGCCAAGAGCUAACAACGCUCAAAAAACAGUUAGCACAGUCCAACGACCCGGAGAGAAUAGAACAGCUGAAAUUUACCAUUCGCAGAACAGAGAACCAAAUCUUGGAGUUCAAUAAACAGAAGGAACAGGACAAGAAACGCAAGGAGGAGAAACUGCAGGCUCGUAGAGCCAUAGAUGACGGAAAGCAACCUUACUAUGAAAAGAACAGCACUAGAAAAGCCCGUGAACUAGUGGAAAAGUAUAAUAAGCUCAAGGAAGGGGGCAAAAUCGACAAACACAUUGAUAAACGGAAGAGAAAGAUUACGUCGAAGGACAGAAAAAAGCUGGAUUUUUCUACUUGAUGUAAUACAAUGCUUUGCUGCAAUGAAGAAACACAAAAAUGUUUCAUCUUCAAAAAUUAGAGUUAGCAAUACAAACUUUACUUGUUUAAAUUUAAGCUAACUAUAUGUUUAUUGGUAAAAUACAAUUUUUGUAUCCAGAAUUGAAUUCUCGUUCAGUUAGA